AAGAAACGCUUAGUAGUCUGCCGCUUGGUGAUCGUGAAGAUUUGACCGGGUGGUUCGAGCACCAUAACCAUUUAUUAGUAACAGCAAAUUUUUGCAAUGAACAGGAUACGAAUUCAUGUGUUGCCCUCAAGUCGUAACCGGGUGACCCAGACGCCACGUCCUCAAGAGUCUCAGACGUGCUCGUUCACUCAGCGACCAUGCUCGCAGCCGCGCCUGGAUGGCCUGGAGUACUGCAUGAAACACAUCUUGGAGGACAAGAACGCACCAUUCAAGCAGUGCAGCUAUGUCUCCACCAAGAAUGGCAAACGCUGCCCCAACGCAGCACCAAAGGUCGAAAAGAAAGAUGGGGUGACUUUCUGUGCAGAGCAUGCUCAUAGGAAUGCCAUGACCCUCCGAGCUCACAUGAGAAAGACGUCUUCUGGUCCAUCUCCAGAGACGCUGCUGUCCCAGCUUAGCGGAUACAACCGUGCAGAGACACAUAGCCAUGAUGGAGGCCGCUCUGAAGCUAAUCGUAUUCUUGAUGAGGACAGUUUGAGUGAGGAGGAGCAAGGUCCCUUGGUACUAGACCAGACAUGGAGAGGAGAUCCUGACAGUGAACCUGACAGCAUUGAUAGUGAUAACGAAGAUCCACUAAAACAUGCAGGUGUAUAUACAGCAGAGGAGGUGACACUCAUCACACGAGAGAAACUCAUCAGGCUGCAGUCUCUCUACAUUGACCAGUUCAAACGCCUGCAACACCUCCUGAAGGAGAAAAAGCGAAGAUACCUACACAACCGCAAAGUGGAGCAUGAAACUCUUGGGAGCAGUCUGUUGACUGGGCCUGAAGGACUGUCCAUGAAGGAGAGGGAAAACCUGAAGAAGCUGAAAGCUCUGCGUCGUUAUCGCCGUCGGUACGGUGUGGAGGCUCUGCUUCACCGACAGCUCAGGGAGCGGAGGCAGGCUGUGACAGAAGGAACUCCUCAGUUGCACACACGAACACUGUACGAGAAAUGUGUCGCCUUUGCGGAUGGUACCCGAUGUUCAAAUCCCUGCCUGCCUAUGACCCGACACUGCAUCUCACACAUCUACCAAGAUGGCAACCAGGUGCUUUUCAAAAUGUGUCCGGGUUUGAAAGAUGUCCCGUGUGACCGCACGGUGCACAUGGGCCAGUCUGAGGAUCCUCGCUGCCCUCUCCACCUCACUCUGCCUCCCCAAAUGUACCAGCCGGAGCAGGAACCUCCUCCACAGGAGCAGCUCAUCCCCGCAAGCCACGACAUGUAUCUGAGUGCAGCGGAGCUUCAGCCCACAGAGAACCUCCCCCUCGAGUUCAGUGAUGACCUGGAUGUGGAAGGAGAUGGUAUGCAGGGUCCACCAUCUCCCCUGCAGUUUGACACAGCUUUGGCUCUGGAGGACCAGACCAUCAGGGCUAUCGCUGAGGCACCUAUGGACUUCCUAACUGGAGAAGAUCCUGACCAGGUGGAUCUGGACACAUCAGGACCGGAGCUAUCAGAAAGGGAUGUGGACACCAUGAUGGAUGACCAGGUGGUGUCAGAGAUGGUAAGAGGGGAAGAGGACGCCACCGACAACUUCCUCCAAGACAUUGACGCAGCGUCUCUUGAUGCUCCUAGAUGAAAAUUUUCAAACUGUCACUUCAUCAAAUGCCACGUUUCAUGUGCACAGAAACUGCUAGUAAAAUUACUCCAGUUCCAGAAAGCUUUGGUCACCUUCAGAGAGAAACUUGUCUCUUCAGGCCAGUGCUAUGAAAAUGAUGCUUCUGUCAUGCAACUCUACAGUUGUUCAGUCUGUUUUUCCAUGUCAUUUAUUCACUGAAUGUGAGAGUAGUUAAAAAAAAAUACCACCUCC